GCACGCGGGCAGGCGGCGCGCGGCGCCUCGGUCUGGGGGAGCGCGGGGCGGUCUCCGCCGGCGUCGCGCGCGCUGUGUGUGAACGGGGUCGCGCGCGCGCGCGACAGGCGAGUGAGGGAGCGAGGAGCGGCCGGGUGUGAGAGUGUGGGAGUGUGUGUGUGGGGGGGAGUGCGGGUGAGGGAGAGGCCGGCCGACCGCGAGGCUGCGAGAAAGUGGGCCAGCGUGCGAGGACGCCUGGCCUGGCCGCGGGAGCCGCGGUCGGCGGAGGAGAAAGGCGGCUCCCGGCAUCCCGACCCCCUCCCCCUCCUCUCCUCCGACUUCCAGCCGGCCCGGCGGCGCGCGCUUCCUCCGAGGCCCCAGCCGGGACCCGCCGGCCGAAGGCGAGGGAGGAGCCGCCAGAGCCAGAUAGACUUUACGUUUAAGAAGAAAUAAUCUACACAAAAGAACAAGCAGAUCAAGAUGUGUAGUUCUGUGGCUGCCAAGUUGUGGUUUUUGACAGAUCGUCGCAUCAGGGAAGACUAUCCCCAAAAAGAGAUCUUACGAGCAUUGAAGGCCAAAUGUUGUGAGGAGGAACUGGACUUUAGGGCUGUGGUGAUGGAUGAAGUGGUGCUGACAAUAGAGCAAGGGAACCUAGGUCUUCGAAUCAAUGGAGAACUAAUCACUGCCUACCCCCAAGUGGUGGUGGUGAGAGUACCAACCCCUUGGGUGCAAAGUGAUAGUGACAUCACCGUUUUGCGCCAUCUGGAGAAGAUGGGGUGCCGGUUGAUGAACCGACCUCAAGCUAUCCUGAACUGUGUUAAUAAGUUCUGGACAUUUCAAGAGCUGGCUGGCCAUGGCGUUCCUCUGCCAGAUACUUUCUCUUAUGGUGGCCAUGAAAAUUUUGCUAAAAUGAUUGAUGAAGCAGAAGUACUGGAAUUCCCAAUGGUAGUGAAGAAUACACGGGGUCAUAGAGGCAAAGCUGUUUUCUUAGCUCGAGAUAAGCACCAUUUGGCUGAUCUAAGCCAUCUUAUUCGACAUGAAGCUCCAUACCUAUUCCAGAAGUAUGUUAAAGAGUCUCAUGGACGAGAUGUACGUGUCAUUGUUGUGGGAGGUCGUGUGGUUGGCACCAUGUUACGUUGUUCAACAGAUGGGAGGAUGCAAAGCAACUGCUCACUAGGUGGUGUGGGGAUGAUGUGCUCAUUGAGUGAACAAGGGAAACAGCUAGCUAUCCAGGUGUCUAAUAUCCUGGGGAUGGAUGUGUGUGGCAUUGACCUAUUGAUGAAAGAUGACGGCUCCUUCUGUGUCUGCGAGGCCAAUGCAAAUGUAGGUUUCAUCGCCUUUGAUAAGGCUUGUAAUCUAGACGUAGCUGGUAUCAUUGCGGACUAUGCCGCCUCCCUUCUGCCCUCUGGCCGGCUCACCCGGCGUAUGUCCCUGCUCUCCGUGGUGUCCACGGCCAGUGAGACUAGUGAGCCAGAGCUGGGUCCCCCAGCCAGCACUGCUGUCGACAACAUGAGCGCAAGUUCCAGCUCUGUCGACAGUGACCCUGAAAGCACGGAGCGAGAGAUGCUCACCAAGCUUCCGGGGGGCCUAUUCAACAUGAACCAGCUACUAGCCAAUGAAAUCAAACUCCUGGUGGAGUGAGUCCACCAAUUAUUAACCAACAAAACCCGUGUAAAACUUAACUUUCUUUCCUUAUUUUUAUUUUCUUCCUUCCUUUUUUUUUUUUUUAAACAACCAACUUGCAAUGCUGUUCAUGGAAGAUGCUCAGGAAGAUGAGAGAAAUUUAGUAGGAUUAGUUGGAGAGAAGGAGAAUAAUAGAUGAGAUCUUUGCUAGUAAAGAUGUUACUGACUUUUUGUUUACAAAUCCUACAGAUAGAGAGGCAGAAGUGGUGGGAUAUAGAACAUGUUAGGCUCUCAUAGUUACCCAUUUAAAUUACUAAAAAGUUUGUAUGCUGUCAGGCCAUGAGGAGCAAAAUUUUUGUCAUGGUCUUUCACUUUUGUUUUUGUAUAAAAAAAUUGUUUUGGCACAAAUAUUCAAGUAGCAUACUUCACAGUGUGUAGCAAGAUUAGCAGUGGGUGAGGAAAACAUCUGCCUAAAUUCCACACGUUUUUAUUUACAAAUCUAAAAAUUCUGACAUUUCCCUAUUAAUUACCAGCUUUAGUUCCUAAGUUGUUUAUGAAAUCUCAAGGGGCUCUUUUAUUGGGGUUUCUUAUUUUUUGUGUUUUGUCAUCUUUUAAUUUUGGUGGGAGGGCAAAUGAACAUAAUCCAAUAAAUAAAGGCUUUUUAAUGACAAAA